CACCGGCAAACGAGGGCCGGCGAGAGGCUAGGAUAGGGGCAUCAGGCGGUCGAGUGUUACCGUGGUACCAGGGCGUGUGGAAUCUGGAAAAUGGUGGUUAGUUCCGUAGCGUUAGCAGUACCUGUGGAUUUUAUCACAUUUUUUAUGUAAUUCAUCUGAGUGGAUGCUACGGAGGAGGUGUUUGAAAAGGAUCACACAGAAAUGUACAUGUAGGAGUGCACACUUAAUGGAACUAUACGCGCUAUGUCCGCACCUUUGAGCAUCGCAACAUGGUUCUCCAAACUUUUUAAGUAGAUUUUGAAGAAGGAAACGGUCUGAUACAAAGUGAAAGGGAUCUCAUUUUGCUGUAACCCUCGUUUGGGAGGACAUUCAGUCAAAAUGCCUUUUGGAUUACGUUUGAAGAAGACUCGCCGUUACAACGUGACGAGCAAAAACUCCUACGUUGCUCGUAUACAGCUACUGGAUAAUACACUGCUUGAGUUGACGCUCACACCAGAGAGUCUGGGACAAGACUGUUUGGAUACUAUUGCACAGCGAUUACAACUUGAAGAGACCAUGUACUUUGGGCUCCAGUACAUCAACAAGGGUUACAAGCUGCGAUGGGUAGACCUUGAGAAGCCACUCAAGAAGCAACUUGAGAAAAACUGCCAAGACCCCAUCCUUAGAUUCUGCGUCAUGCUCUACGCUUCCAAUGUUCAGCAACUCAGACAGGAGAUCACGAGGUACCUAUAUUUUCUGCAACUCAAAAGUGAUAUAAUUGAAGGUAUACUGCCGUGUAGUCCCGAGCAAGCAGUCCUUCUCGCUAGCUAUGCUGUUCAAGCUGAGUUUGGAGACUUUGAUGCACAGCGUCACAACGUGGAGUUCCUUCAUGAGUUUGUUCUUCUUCCAAAGAACAUGACUCCAGACUCUGAGAUCUUGUGCGACUUGAUACAAGAGGUGAUCAAUACGUUCUCUAAUCAUGCAGGAAUUUCACCCGACACCGCCGAGUUGGCUUACAUCACUGAGGCGUCACAACUAGAAGGCUAUGGCCAGGAGAACUAUCCCGCUAAGGAUGAGAUGGGUAAUGAGCUAUUUCUUGGAGCUUCCUCCAUCGGCAUCUUCGUCAAACACCUGAACGGUCAGCCAACAGUAACAUUCAAGUGGAGUGACAUCGUUAACAUGGUUCAUAACAAGCGUCUGUUUGGCAUAGAGACACACAAUGAGGAAACACUCCAGUUCCAGGUGGAGGAUGCAGAGGCGGCCAAGUAUGUCUGGAGAAUGUGCAAGAUGCAACAGCAAUUCUACAAGAUGUGUCUCGCCAACACCAAACCUGCUGCCAUGGAGGUCUCACUCGAUGGCAACUCGGGGUUUGACAACAAGAGGAAACUGAUCACCAAUAGCUCCUACCGAGGUGGAUCUAUAGAGAGAAGACCGACCCUACUCAGACAUUCUGAGCUCAAUGAUCACGUCAAUACCAACCUCAAAGAUGUCUCUUCCGAUGAAUCAAUUCAUCAAACAGUCGCAACUGACAGUCAAGCUUUCAGCCAGUCUCAACUCAGUCUGGACCACCAAUGGGCUCAAGAUGGACACGGUCAGUUCACCAUGUCACAGCUGAGCCUCGAGAGACCACCUACCGCUGACCAUGCUUUUGCUAACGGCAACCUAAGAGUGACCAAUCACAACGGUAGCAUCUACAGUGUGAACUCUGCUAAUCACGUCCUCCCGAUGCAAGUGUCCCCCACAUCUUCCAAUCUCAGCCUUGCUGGGAAUGAACUGCUCAAAGCCCAGCUACAAGCAGCCCUGCCUGCGUACCGGCCCAGUCCUGAUUACAACCCCAACGUGCAUGGACAGCAUAUCAUCAUGAUGAAUCAUGAUCAGAGCUCUAGCAUGGGCAACUUAGGAGUAGUCAGUGGGUACGGUCACAUGGACAUGAUGGACAGUCGGUUGUACCAACAACCAGAGCUGCGUCAACGCAGUCAAACGCACGGGAAUCAAUACAGGCAACAGUAUCGGUUGAGCUACAAUGGCUUACCGAACAGUAAUCCAGCACACUUUUUAGAAUCGGCACCGUUGCACCACAUGAUGUACGAACCAGGGAACCAUCAUGCAGCAAUCAUCCACACGUACAGUGUGCCCGAACUCACCUCCCACCUGCAGACGACAGAAGAAUACAUAGCGGCUAAGUUACUCAAAAACAAAUUUAGACCUCCACCUCCGUACCCGCGCGGCAGUACGAGCACACCAGACCUUGCGCGUCAAAACUGGCAAAACUAUCAAGUGAGCAGCAGCAGCCCCGAUCUGGUCAGCAGACGGCUGCAGCAUAUGUUAAUUCACCCCGUCCAUGAAGUACACCCAGGAAUGAGCUCUUCCAACAUGAGCACCUCAAGUGGAAACAUUGACUUGACACAGUCACUACCCAUGGAAGCUUUCCAGAAUUUGCACCUGAGCGGUGAGCUUCCAAGACCGCAGGAUUAUGACAUGAAUAUGUACAUGGGUCAACAUGCAUUCCCUUCUUCCUCGCAACACGGUGCUCCGGCAAAUCUUGUCAUGCAUAACUCUGGGAGCACGAGCCCCACCGAAGUCCCUAUCUUACAGGUCCCAGUUGGAUAUGAAGACCAGGGCAAUGUAUUCUUACCCGAUGGAACUUAUACGGUGGACCCUCAGAGUCCCAAGCAAUUGAAAGAUUUCCAUAUUCCACUGAUGCGUCCUCCGAGUGAAUUUGCUGACACUAGCGACAUAGAUUCAAAUAUAUCGCCUAAUAGUGUCGGCAGUCCACCACGUCAAUUCAAACUACCAGGUCAUAGCAAAGAAAUGUAUGUCAGUACUCAAACCGCCGUGCCUGAAGACUCUAUUGUAACCUAUGCAUCGAGCUUUGGACCUGUCGAACGCAGGCGCCCAAAUUCCCUCGGUGUGAAUUCCAUACCGAGCGGUGAGGGCCUACUCCAGCAAAGUCCAUCCCCGCUCAGCCCAGAAAUGCAAGAAAUCAAUGCUAGCCAAUUUGCUAUGCAACACAUAGACAAGGCCAACUUGGUCGACGCAUCCAAAAUGCAAGCCAGUAAAAGAGACUCUGGCAUUGUUGAGACUAACCUGACAGGACCCCCACCUACCUCUCCUGUUUAUCUGUCGCCAAGUCAUUUAGGUAAACGCAGCGACGGCGAAUCGUCAGACGCAUCUCAAUCUGUGCACACCAGCCCCGAUCAAGGUGCCCAGGUCACCAGUGGGUACAGUACAUCCCAGGAGUCGGAACCUGAGGAGAGUUUCCAUGGUACCGUAGUGAAAGAGAAAGAAAAGAAUGAGUAUAUGGGACCUCUGAAGCUGGCAGCGAUGAGUGGGUUAACACUGGUCAGGCCUGGAGAGAAAGAAGAUGAUGAUUACGACAAUCCAAAACAUCCCAGAGACGCAAGGAGGAAGAUUCUUGAGGAGCACCUCAGGGAUGGUCAGGUAUUCACAGAGUAUGAGCUGAUUCCUAAGAGGAGACCAGGUGCUAUCUUCUACACUGCCCAGCUACCCGAUAACGAAGUUAGGAAUCGCUUCAAAGACGUCCUGCCAUAUGAGGACAAGAGAAUAGAGCUGGCCCCUAUGCACGAUAACAGUACCGGCUACAUCAAUGCAUCCAACAUAAAGAUCUCCAUCGCAAGAGAGACCUGUCAUUAUGUAGCUGCCCAAGGACCCAUGGAGAAUACAGUCAAAGACUGGUGGCGUAUGGUGUGGGAGAAAGGAAUAAAUGUUAUUGCUAUGCUGACUAAAGUAGAGGAGGGAGGCAAGGAUAAGUGUUUCAAGUAUUGGCCUGAUUGCAGUUCAUCUAAGAACACUGUGGAGUUUGGACCGUUCCGAAUAAUUGGUCAGUUCUGCAAUGACUCAGGUUGUUAUGUAACCAGUGGUUUAACGGUGCGUCACGUCCCGUCCGGUGAGCAGCGAACAGUCUGGCAUCUUCAGUACACUGACUGGCCAAACCAAGGAUGUCCUGAAGAUAUACAUGGAUAUCUUGCUUUUGUAGAGGAAUUCCAAUCGGUGUGUCGUCAUGCCAACAGCAUCAAUGACAAGCCAGCUCCUCCACUGGUACACUGCAGCGCUGGUGUAGGAAGGACUGGGGUCCUGGUACUCACUGAUCUCAUGUUGAACAGUCUCGAACACAAUGAGGAAAUCAACGUUCCGAGGAUGUUGGAACGACUGAGGAAUCAGCGCAUGAUGAUGGUGCAGACAGUAGGGCAGUACAUCUUUGUCUAUCGCUCCCUCAUACAGACCUUAAGGAACACAAGACUCAUUUAGGCCCCUCUCCAAGAUGUAGGAAAUCAAUGUUCUGAGAAUGUUGAAACGACUGAGGAAUCAGCGCAUGAUGAUGGUGCAGACAGUCGGACAGUACAUCUUUGUCUAUCGCUCCCUCAUACAGACCUUAAGGAAUACAAGACUCAUUUAGGCCCCUCUCCAAGAUGUUUGCAGAAAUAACAUCGGCAUCGCUUAAUCAUCUCCUUCUGAUGGAGUCGUUGUAAUGGAUCGGAAGUUGGAGGGAAAUCUACACCUCCUCAGGAACAUUCAGGGCCCAGUUUCAUGGCUCUGCUUACCGCUGAAUUCUGCGCUUACAAUCACCAUUGCCCAUCUCCUCUAACAGGGCAAGCGUCUAAGUUUUGCGCUAGCUGUGCUAGUGAAGAAUGCGAAGUAACGUGGAGUAUGCUAGCUCAGAAACCAUAAUUCCCUGCUAACCCGUGAAUACGCCUGAUGUAAAUGCAGAAUUCCCUGCGACCGCAAGCUUCUUGCUUCUUUGCUUAUGGUGGGCCGAGCCAGGAAAUUUGGCCUUGAUGAGUCCCGAGGUACAUACAUGUAGCUAUCGUUGUUAACAAUGCCUCCAUCUCCACAUUGGUUUUAAGAAUGCCCUUCUUUCUUAUCUGGGUAUACAGUGAAACAUACAAAUGCUAGACCCCCUCAAUAUGUAUAUCCAAAUAUUGUAUUUCUACCAUAAAUACACAAGGCUGCCAUAAAAAUAGGUUUAUUAACGGCGAUGUAUUCCCAAAAGAGAUGUAUUCAAUAUCAAGCUUACAGGGAAAUAAUAAUAACAAUAGUAAGUAUUCACUAUUUUCCUACUCGUUACGAGCAAAGAUGAACCAGUACCAUUAUCAAAUUAAGUGCGUCCUUGUCGGGUAUUUUAAAACAAUCUUUUUCGAUCAUUACUUUCCAAAUGUCCACCAUGUGGCAACCCUUCAAAAACAGAACCAAAUGUUUCCUUAAAGAUUAAUCAGUAAAGAUUGACCAAAAUAGGGUAAAAAGAUUUGUUACAAAAAGCGUUCUCGAUGCUUAAAAGAAAAAUCCAGCAAAAAGGUUGUCAAUACUUGUCAAUGGGAUACUUUCCAAUGCUAGGUGGCAGCAGACUUACUGGUGAAAAUUUCCUUUAUUUAGGUAAUUCUGAGCAUGCGCAUAAUUCUGAGAACAAUGGAUUUACCCGGUAAGUCUGCUGCCACCUAUCGUCACAGAAAUUCUUGUUUUGAGUAAUUGUAUAUUUAUUACCGAGUAAACACUGACCAAUCCAUAUGCAAUUUGUCCAAGUGUAGAAUUAUCAAGGUUUGUUUUUAAACGGUAUUCAUGUUUCCAAAAAGGGUUGAUCCCUGUAUUAAAGACUAAAAUUACUGCCAAGAAAUUAAAGUUUAUGCAAAAAUGGUCACCUGCCCGCCUAGUGAGAGGCUGUUUUAUAUACACAGAGUAAAACAAUACACUUUUGUUAAAUGUAUAAUUGUAUUAUUCCAGAUUGCAAUUUGACAUUCCUCAACAAAGCUAUUCAAAACAUUCAUACAUUUUUAGCAGUGAUAGCAAGGAACAGUGGUAUAUUGGAGACAUGAAUCUCUGUCCAACAGCAUCAGUCUGUUAUUAAUGAGCCAUUUAUUUCUGGUACAAUGACGUGCCUUGUCACAAGUGACUGCUUAAAUUGAAACCCUCAGACUUUAUUGACAGUUGUUAUGUCUCGGUUCUGAGGCAUGCUUUUGUGUAGAUACCAAAAAAAGAUGAUAAACACCUAUGUACUCAAAUGUGUAUGGAACAAUGGUACCAGAGUUUGGCUGUGUAGAGGUUACUUAACGAAAGCUUUCCCUCAACAUGGUACCUGUCUCUUUAGCCUGAGGAAUUCAAAUAUAAGCGCUAACUGGUGACUAAGCAAGUUAUUGGCUUAUUGGAACAUAACUUGAAAGGUUUGAGGCUCGGUAUGAAACUUUCAAGUUGUGAAUUACCAAGUUUUGAGAUAAAGUCAGUUUUUUUUUUAAGUAGUUAAUGAUUGAAAAUGAACAAAGUGAUGAGUCUGUGAGUGUUUCAGUGUGGAGCGUUUGUUGAACUCUGUGAAGUCAUAUUUUAUCCUUCCUACUCAUAGCAACAUUUUCCAUCAAGUUGACCAACCAUUUUGAAACCAUUCAAGGGAUCAGGUUGUUCAUGAUGGCACAAAAUAUGAACAGAACUGCAAGGAGUGUAUCUGUGUACUGCCUAGAUGCAUACACCACUUUUAGGCCUGGGCGACUAGUGGAAUUCACCACCCGACACUAGUCACACUAGUUGCCCAGGCCCAACCACAUAGUUAAAGGCUAGAGGCUGGGAUAGUUUCAAAAGACCCUUCCCAUGAAACAUGUAAAUUGCACAUACAUUUUUGUUGGCAAUAUGAGGGAAUAUCGCGCUGUUUUGUACACGGCUAAUGGGUUUGUGACGCAGAUGCGAUUGUGUGUCUGCUUAGUGCACAACUCUAUGGCGUUUGCCAACCAAUAGGGUAUGUACGCAUGGGUGAAUGUAAUUGGCAUAUUCCAUAGGAAGGGCCCAUUGUUCAUAUUUUCUGAAUGGUCAGAUGAGUAGGAGGAUUGUUACAACUCUAUGAUUGAUUCUAAUACAUUGAAUACCGAUUGAAUCAGCAUGACUGGGUGAAUUCAAUAAUGGUCUGAAUCAAUUUAAAGUGUGUUUGAAUCAAUUGGUGAUACAAUCAAUUGAUUUAGACGGAUAUUGAUUGAUCUCAAUAAAUCAGCAUUCGAUUCAAUGAGUUCGGAAUUUGAUAAAUCUCAUUGAUUGAAAAGUAUUGAAAGCGGAGUGAUUCACAAAAUUUAAGUACUAUUGUAUGAAAGUGAUUGUUGGAGAGAAAAAGAGAGUGAAAAGGCAGCACAGUUGUUGCUCUUUGUCCAUUUUGUACAGAAUUUUGUAAAUUCAUAUUUUUGUAUGCCAGUAUAUGAUGCCAAACGUGUCUUUAUAAGAAGUUUGUCAAUAUAAUGACAAGUGAUUAAAUAUUUUGUAAUUACUAAUGAUAUAAUAAUUGUUUUAAAUGUAUUAAAGUUGUAAUGAGGGAAGUGCCUUAUUUAUCUAAAAAGAAGUUAUGAGUAGAAAGUGAGGGAGGCAAAUUCAGUAAGGUUCAGUAUUAAAAACCGCUAUUAAACUGUUUUUUACUCUUUUAAUAAUUCCAUGUUUAAAAAAAUACAUGACAGUCUUCAUGAACGACAAUAUUUAAAAACAUUGUACAAAUAAAUUUUAAUCAAUCUGUUGUCUAGGUUUAUCUGUUGACUGUCGUGCAAAAAUGUUUUCCUUAUUCAAACAAGAACACAGAAGUUUUUACUGGUGUCGUGUUUCGACCCUAGCAAAGUCUUUGUCAAAGGCUUAUUAUUUUAUUUUCUCAAAACUGUUAAGGUGACAAAGGAAGUAAAAAUGAAGCAGCAGUGUGCAUUCAGAAGUAUAGGAAGAACAAAGAAAAAUAAACUGGAGACAAGGUGGGGGUAGUCAGGGUUAUGCUUUGGCCUUGAUAAUUGUCAGGUUCCCAGACCCCAUGAAUGGUUACUGCCAUGAUAAGUAACGCAGUCAUGAUUUUUUUGUUUCAGCCUCAACUUUGUACUAAGUGAUUGUGAAGCUUUGUAUGUUUUCUUCUUUUAUGCUGUUGUUGUUGCUCUCACAAAAUGCAUAAGGGCUUCAUCCCCCUUUAAAAUUCAUAGCAAAACCCUCUUCAAAAGAAUUAUGUCUUUUAUCAUGAAUUAUGAACGAUGGAUUAGCUACUUGCUGCGUCAAGCAUUAAUUACCAACACAAUGAGAUCUAAAAUCGGGUAAAAUAUUGAGUGUUUAUGUACAGGUUCCAUGGGUGUGUUAGGUCGGUAAAAUGUUUUAUUUAUUUAUGUACAUUCGUUUCGCGUGAAGAGAAGAGAAGCUCUUUGAAAACUCUGAAGUUGUAGAGGAAUUUCUCAAGAGCUUAAUCUGUGCACUUUUGCAUUAAAAUCAAGGCUUUUGUCAAACACAAUUUUGGCAUUUUCUACACUUCAGUUAAAUUGUUAACUUAGAAGUCUGUUUCCAGUUAGUGUUCACUUCUGUAUGCAAUUAAACCUGUGUGCAACCGGAUCCGAUAACUUCUUACUUUGGGUGUUUUAUGUAAGGGCAAACCUAACUUGGCUCAUAUCAAACCCCUUCCAACUUCACACAACCGCACUUGAAGUAGUUUAUAUGUAGUUGUAUGUUCAUCUUAUUGCUCUGUUGUCUCCAGUUUUAUUUUGUUUACUUAAUAUAAUUAGGUUUUGUUUUAAAGCUGUGACAGCACUGCCAUCUUUUUAAAAGAGACGAGUGUUCUUUGAUUUUUAUAAAAUGUAACCAUUACUACUUUCUUUCAAUAUUUUGUAUUGGGCUAUAUUUGUUAUAUUGACUGUUCCUAACAUAUUAUGGUUAUUCCAAAAAUUAAACAAUUAUA